CCGUGAAGAGCUCGAGGUGAACCCCUUUUGCAAAGCCACCGGCGUGGGCCUGAUACCGUGGUCUCCGCUUGCCCGUGGCCGAGGCAAACCCAGUGAUCAUCUACCGGGUUGAAGAGAUAGCGAAGAGAAAGAACGUUAACAUUGUAUGACGACCGUGGCAAUCGCUUGGGUCUUUGAAAAGGGGUGUUGUCCGAUCGUGGGCGUGUCCAAGGAGUCGCAACUUGAUAGCCAUCCUGAAGGGCUGGCGGCUGAGCUGACGGAGGAAGGGAUGGAAGCAUUGGAAGAGGAGUAUAAGCACAAGCCGCUGAGAGUGACUGGGGUUGAGGACUGAGAGUUGAGGCCGUCUGGUCGUAGCUGUAGCCUAGAGUAGAUGAUGGGUCUCGAUGGUGAAGUGUACCGUAUAGGAUGACAUGUCCGGACAACAGCAAUGCCACAGUGGCCUAGGAUUUCCCUUGACUCCUUU